GCCAGCAAUGUGUGUCACUUACUGGAUUUCAGGAAGUUAUUCGCUCAGCAUGAUUCCCAUAGUUCCACUUGCGAGCUGACAGACUCUACACUCCACACACCACUGCAGGCUUCUGUCAUGAAGUAUGUUUCCUAAACACAUAGACGAUAAAUACAGCAGAAGAGAGAGGAUGGUUUCCAUUCUGGCAUCUUAAAAAUGAUGAAAAUCCUCUGCUGCUGAACCAUCCAGCAACACUGGAUCUUGUGGACUCACAGCCAACACUAUGUGGAAGCUUCUGUUAGCUGCUGUUAAAAUUAACUUGAAGAGGACACGCCAAUAAAGGAAUGGCAAUAUAUAAGAAUGGCUUGACCAUCUGCGCCCUUCUAGUGACUCUCACUAUUUUGGAAACAGGGAACUUCAAUGAUUCUUCAAGUCAGGUUUUACCGGUACACAAUGAAGAAGAACCCUUUCUACCUCACACCAGGGAGAAAAGGAAUGUGCCUACAGGCCAAUGGAAUUACAUCAUUGAUGUUGUAGUGAAUGCCUCUAAUGUAGAAACAUUUGAGCAGAUUCGGUCCUCAUUGAAUGCCACUAGUCUUCCCAAUCAACUGGAUAACAACACAAAGGUCUCUGACAUUAGCAUCACAACAGUGUGUUCCUCGACUGGAACUGGCUCCCUGUGCAGAUGUGAGGAACAUUUUGCUUGGCCAUACAGCAGCUGUGUCACAUAUGGAGCCUGUGAUCACUUAUCCAGUGGCAUCUGUAAAUGCAUCAAUGUCAUUCCAGCUGAUGGCCAGUUCUGUCAGCCAAUAUCAGCACUGCUAGCUCAGGUUGAGUAUGCAGUGGAUGUGGAGCUGAAUGUAGCAGAUUUUGAAACAGUGGACUACCUUAGGAGUUUCCUGGACAAUAGCAACGUUCCUCUGACCUUGGCUCCCACUGUGAAUGUCACACAAGUUGACAUCACCACAGUGUGUUAUCUAAAUGGUACCAACUCCCAGUGCCGAUGUGAGGAACAGUAUGUGUGGUCACAUGGAGACUGUAAUACGUAUGGAGCCUGUGAUGAGGUCAUUGACGAAACGUGUGGGUGUAUCAACAAUAUUCCAACCAAUGGGCGAUUCUGCAAGCCAAAGACAGUACCUCCGGUGAUUAGUGAAUACCAGAUUUUCAUUGAGGUAAACACUACAGAUGCAGACCAACUGAGAAACACCCUGAAAACUAUACCUUUUCCUGUCCAAAUAAGCAACCAAAUAAACAUAUCAGAUGCUGGCAUCACUACAGUUUGCAGCCCAUAUGACACUGGGUUCCAGUGUCGCUGUGAGGAUGACUACCUUUGGCCUUGUGACAAGUGUGCCAUCUAUGGGAAAUGUGAUGGUGAUACAAACAGCACCUGUGGGUGCAUCAAAACAAUCCCCGUAGAUAGACAGUACUGUCAGUCAAUACACCAUCAAAACUUUACAGUAUGUUCUCUGACAACAACUUCACCAUCAACAGCUCCCCCAGUUGUUUACGAAUACAUCCUUUCUGUUGAGUUGAACAUCUCAGAUGUCACACUAAUAAACCAACUCAGGAUCAUUUUGAAAAACAUCAAUUACCCCAUCAACAUCAACAACCAAAUACAAAUCAACAACGUCAACAUUUCUACAGUUUGCUCUCUGAGCAGUGGUGGUUACCAGUGCAGAUGUGAGGACCAGUAUCUUUGGUCAUGUGACCAGUGCUUUACGUACGGGUCCUGCAACAACAUCACUGAUGACACAUGUGGAUGUAUCAGUGCCAUUCCCCCUGAUGGAAUAUACUGCCAGCCUGCUGAUUGGAACAACUUCACAGCUUGUCCCCUAACAACAGUCUCUCCAUCACCAACACCAACAACUCCUCCAGUUGUUUAUGAAUACAUCUUUUCUAUUGAGUUGAACAUCUCAGAUAUUACAGUAGUAAAUCAACUGAGGAACAUUCUGAGAAACAUCAAUUACCCAAUCAGCAUCACCAACCGAAUACAAAUCAAUGAUGUCAGCAUUUCUACAGUUUGCUCUCUGGGAAGUGGUGGUUACCAGUGCAGAUGUGAGGACCAGUAUCGCUGGUCAUGUGACCAGUGUUUCCUGUACAGAUCCUGUGACAACAUUACUGAUGACACAUGUGCAUGUAUCAGUGUCAUUCCUCCUGAUGGACAAUACUGCAAGCCUGCUGAUCAGCACAGAUUCACCUCCUGUCCUAUUACAACACCCUCUCCAUCACCAACUCCUCAAGUCGUCUAUGAAUACCUGAUAUCUAUUGAGUUAAACACCACAGAUGUUACAGUAAUAGAUAGACUGAGGACCUUCAGUUACCCAAUCAGCAUUAACGAUGACGUUCAAGUCUCUGACAUCAACAUUACUACAUUUUGCUCUCUGAGCAGUGGUGGUUACCAGUGCAGUUGUGAGGACCAGUAUCGUUGGUCAUGUGACCAGUGUUUCCUGUAUGGAUCCUGUGACAACAUCACUGAUGACACAUGUGGAUGUAUCAGUGCCAUUCCUCCUGAUGGACAAUACUGCCAGCCUGCUAAUCAGCACAACUUUACAGCUUGUCCUCUUACAACAACUCCAUCACCAACAGCCUCUGCAGCUCCUCCAGUUAUUUAUGAAUACAUCAUUUCUGUUGAGCUGAACAUCUCAGAUGUCACACUAAUAAAUCAACUCAGGACCAUACUGAGAAAUAUCAGUUACCCUGUCAGCAUCAACAACCAAAUACAAAUCCAUGAUGUCAACAUCACUACAGUUUGUUACCCAAAUGGUAAAACAUUCCAGUGCAAAUGUGAAGAACAGUAUCGUUGGCCCUGUCAGAUGUGCUCUACUUUUGGCAACUGUGAUGAUAUAAUUGACAAUACUUGUGAAUGCAUCAAUGCCAUUCCUCCAUAUGGGCUUUAUUGCCAGACAGUGUCCGAUCUCUUUAUUUGCCCAUCACCAAAUCCUCCAAAUGGUACAACAACUGUUGCACCAACACAGAACCCUACAAUCUUAACACCAACCCCUACAGUCAUAACUGAUUCAACAUCUGUUGUGACAACAGAUAUGAACACUGCAACAGCUAAUACACCAACAGCAAGUCUAACUAGCUCAACAACAGUCUCUACAACAGCUGUGAACACAACAGCAGUUACAACAACAACAACAAAAACAACAACAACAGCUGUAACAAACUCAACAACAGUUGCUACCACAACAGCAGUUACCACAACACCAACAAUUAUAACAAGCCCAACAACAGUCGCUACCACAGCUGUGAACACAACAGCAGUUACAACACCAACAAUUACAACAAACUCAUCAACAGCUGGUGCCACAACUGUGAACACUACAGCAAUUACUACAACACCAACAAUUAUAACAAACUCAACUGCAGUUGCUACAACAGUUGUGAACACAACAACAGUUACCAUGACACCAACAAUAAUAACAAACUCAACAACAGUUGCUACCACAGCUGUGAACACAACAGCAGUUACUACAACACCGACAACUGUAACAAACUCAACAACAGCUGAUGCUACAACUGUGAACACAACAGCAAUUACUACAACACCAACAAUUAUAACAAACUCAACUGCAGUUGCUACUACAGUUGUAAACACAACAGUUACCACGACACCAACAACUAUAACAAACUCAACAACAGUUGCUACCACAGCUGUGAACACAACAGCAAUUACUACAACACCAACAAUUAUAACAAACUCAACUGCAGUUGCUACUACGGUUGUGAACACAACAACAGUUACUACGACACCAACAAUUAUAACAAAUUCAAUAACAAUUGCUACAACAGUUGCCACAACACCAAUGACAACUUCAACAACAGCUGCAACACCAGUAACAAAUGCAACCUCUACCCCAGCUCCAACCACAGCUCUCACAACAGCAAGAAGCACCAAGGCUACUACCACUACUGUGAUGGCAUCCACCAAAGCCACUAUCAGGGUUACUACUACUAUUUCCCCCACCACUACCCCCACAACUGCUACUGGUAGCAGUGCCCCUUCAACAACCAGGGCUUCCACUUCUACACCUGCAAUAACAACCAUGCCUCCUACUACAGCUGUUACAGGAUUUGAUGUGGAAAUGUCAAUCGAAUUAGACAAGGAAUACACAGCAGAAUUAAAUGAUGCAACAAGUGCAACAUACAAGGAUCUUGAAAGAAGGAUUAAUGCAGUGUUAGAGAAGCAGUAUGAAGGACUCACAGGGUUUAUCGAUGUUUCUGUGAGCAGAUUCAGAGAAGGAAGCAUAAUCACAGACUUUGUUGUUGAGACAACUGAAGUUAUUGCGGAUGAAGUGGCUGAAGCAAAUGGAAAACUCCGUGAAGCAAUGCAGCCCAUUGCCACUGUCAUUGGCCCAGUUACUGCAUCAUACAACAGUACAACUACAAUCAGCUUUCCAAGCCUUACUUAUACUGGAAACACCAUGUUGCUGACGUGUGGGCCUCCUGAAAACGUUAAUGUAGGACAAAUCUCUGGUUCUGUGUGGAAAUUUCAAGGGAGGGAAAUUAAAGAGCGUGGAAGGCUUGAAGUAACUACUUCUCGCAUGGAGUCUGUGCUUACAGUUAAGAAUGUCAUCCUUGCUGAUAUUGGACAUUACGAAUGUACUCUGACGGGUGGAGUCAUAAAUUUCCACCAAAAUGGAGAUAUAACAAGAAAUGAAAUCAGACCAGCUCCCAUUGUACGACUACAGAGUAGAGUUAAUGUUAAAUGUGACGGGACAGAGGGACAAAAACCACUUCAGUGUUGCGUACAGUACCCCUAUAAGGUCAGGUGGUUUUUAGGCUCAAAUGAUUCACCCUUAGAUGUCACUGUCACUACUAAUAAUGGAGAAACCUACUGCAUCACGCAUGAUUACCAGCUACAGAGCUGCAGCGAGUCACAGUCAAUACAGUUUACUUGUAAAGUAGAUGACCCUGAGGGUUACGAAAAGACGACAAAUAUGAUCAUUUUCAGAGAGGAAUUUACAUGUAAGGAUCCACCAUAUGGGACUGGACGAGUAGACGACAAAUCAAUCAUAGGAUGUGACAAUGGUCAAGAGGGGAGCAGGACUGCUGUCUGUCAGGAAACAGGAGAGUGGAACAUUUUGGAGGACACCUGCAUCAUAACACAAAUCAAGGAAUUAUUAAUUGAUUCAGAGGAUUUGGUUGUGGAGGAAGUACCAGUCUUUGUGGUGAAUCUAAGUGCCACUGUCAGAGAAGAAAAAACAGAAGUUGCAAAUUCAUCUGCAACCAUAUCAGCUAUUGUUGACAUCAUACAAAACAUUGCAACUGUUUCCACUGAGGAAGUCACUCGACCUGUCAUAGAGAAUAUACUUGAAACAGUUGAUGUCAUCAUUGGUGAUGAUUCAAGAGAAUCCUGGGCAGUUCUGAAUGCAAAUCAAACUCGCAAUGCAAGCUCAGAAUUAUUGGCUUCACUGGAGUCCCUCUCUAAUGGGUUGGUCGGUGAGUUUGACUUUGCAACUGAACGGAUCCUGCUCAACAGAACCAUGUUUAAUAACUCCUUCAGGGCCGAUCUGAACAACAGCAUCCUCAUAGACAUUCCAGAUACCAACUUGUUUAACGUCUCUAUCACUACCAUCACCUUCUCCACCCUUUACAAUGUUAUGCCACCACGAAACUCCAGCUUUGAAGUCAGCCUCUUUAACACCACCAGUAACGACACUGUCACUGCUAAUGCCAUCAAUGCUGCUGUGGUGCUGGUCCAAAUAAAUGAAACAAUUAGGAAUGUUACGUUGAGUUAUGACAAGCUAAACAGUUCCCUUUCACUAUACCCACAGUGCGUCUUCUGGAACUUUACACUCUUUGAUAAACUGGGUGCUUGGGAUGAUAAGGGUUGUACGUUUGUUUCCGACAUAAACAACACCGUAACCUGCAGCUGUAACCAUCUCACCUCCUUCUCAAUUCUGAUGGCAACAGACAUCCCUCAAGACCUGAUACUAGCCUUGGAUAUAAUCACUUAUGUUGGAGUUGGGAUAUCUCUGGCAAGCUUAGUUGUAUGUCUCAUUAUUGAAGGAUAUGUUUGGAAAGCCAUUACCAGAAAUAGCACUGCCUUCAUGCGUCAUGUUUCCAUCAUUAACACUGCCCUGUCCCUGUUGAUUGCUGACAUCUGUUUCAUCAUCGCUGCCUCAAUUGCUAAGAACCCCCUUGAAAACCCAAGGGAGGACUAUACAGUUUCAGUUGGACCAUGCAGCACGGCAACAUUUUUUAUGCACUUUUUCUUCCUUGCGCUUUUCUUUUGGAUGUUUGUGUCAGGCCUUCUGCUCUUUUACCGGACGGUCAUGGUUUUCUCCCACAUGUCCAAGUCAACCAUGUUGGCCAUUGGCUUCACUUUAGGCUACGGGUGCCCUCUGAUGAUAGCUGUUAUUACUGUUGCUGUCACGGCACCAAACGAUGAAUACAUCAGGAGAGACCAGGCUUGUUGGCUCAACUGGUUCGAGUCCAUGGCCCUGCUGGCCAUGGUGAUACCUGCGUUGACUAUAGUUUUCAUCAACAUUUUAAUUGUAAUUGUGGUCUUGUUCAAAAUGCUGAGAAGGGGUGUUGGAGAUGCUGCUCAAACAGAUGAAAAGCAUACAAUGGUGGUCAUUAUAAGGUGUGUGGUCAUUUUGACUCCUUUAUUUGGACUGACCUGGUCUUUGGGAGUGGGAACCAUGAUAUCACCAACAGAUAGAGGAAUCCAUAUUGCCUUUGCAUUCUUCAAUUCACUACAGGGUUUCUUUAUUUUAGUAUUUGGGACACUGUUUGACUCAAAGAUCCGUUCUAUCCUCUCAAGAAAGUUACCUACAUCAAGCACAGGCUCUGGCUCUAACCCAACAAGAAGUACAAAUACUGGCAUUUCUUCUGUCAGUGGACUAAGCUGGAUAAGUCGACUGCGUGGAAGACGAUAUAUCUACCGCGUGUCAGAAGCUGCUAACUCAAGCAGUACUGGUGCAUCAGAGUCAUUCAUCAAUAUCUGAAUCAACGCAAACUGUACACAUAAAAUUAAUUUCAUUACUGAAUCAAAAGAACUACCUUUUAUUGUACGAUUUCUCAGUACAUAACCAGAAACUUAAAAGCAUUAACUUCACUAGGGUGAUACUGUUAAAGCUGGUGCAAUAAGACUGGUCAGAGGAAAAUAGUGUGGCCCCAAAGAGCAUUAGAAGAUGUUUGGAUAGUGAUGUUAUUUCUGUGAUGGGAAGCUCUAGCAGGUAUGACUUAUCCGAAAUGUAAAGUUCAGUGACACAAUGUGGUGAAUAAAACUGUGAAAUGGUAUUUGAAACAGUUGCGUCAUGCUGCUUAUUUUAAUGUGUGAAGUCUAGUGCGCCUUGGUUUGUUAACAGGUGACAUGCACAAAGCCAGAGGGAGGAACAAUUAAAAAAAAAGCAAUGCAUAGUUAAUUCCGAAUCAGUCUGAAUCAAUGACUCAUAAAUUGAUGUGUGAUGAUAAUUUGAUAUUUUCACGUACACUCAAGUAGGGAACCUCAUCAACUAUUUUCUAGGUUUCUCAUGAUUAGAAUCAGAAUCAGAAUCGGUUUUAAUGCCAAGUAGGUUUUCACAUACAAGGA